UUUCAGACUUUCCAAGGCUUGAAUGGUGCAAAACUUUACGCAAUCCGCCUAUCUAAACCAGUGUGUUUCAACAGAAGACUUUUCAGUUUCAUUUGUAAAAUCUGAGAAUGAUGACGUGGCCACUAGGAUUCGAGAUAAAACAGAGAUUUCAAAAUCGAACAGAACACAAUUUCCUGGAACAUCGCCAUUUGAAAAAUUAACAGUAUGGUUCCAAUCCUUAAUGUCUCGACAAAGAGCCUUACACUCUCGCACAGUCCGUAUCGGAUAUGGACCAAUUGAUCACGAUUCGCCACGAACCUUUCCACCAAACACUGUCCGCAAUCAAAAAUACAAUAUUUUCAGUUUCGUACCAGUUGUCUUAUUCCAAGAGUUCAAAUUUUUCCUGAAUCUUUACUUCCUCAUAAUGGCGUUUUCCCAACUUGUGCCAAUUUUCAAAAUAGGCGCACUCGUCACGUACUGGUUCCCGCUUGGCUUCAUCCUUACUAUAACUCUGAUUCGAGAAGCUAUCGAAGAUUUCGCCAGAUUUUUACGAGACCGAGAACUGAAUUCGGAAAAGUACGAGAAGCUGACAAGGGACGGAACACGAGUGGAGAUCAAAAGUGCUGAUAUAAAAGUUGGAGAUGUCAUAGUUAUGCACAAAGAUCGACGAGUUCCUGCAGAUGUUGUGUUGCUGAGAACUUCUGAUAAAUCAAGUUCAUGCUUCAUACGAACCGAUCAGUUGGACGGAGAGACGGAUUGGAAGCUGAAAAUUCCAAUUCCAUUCACUCAACAUUUGGCCAAUGAAUCAGAAAUUAUGGAGUUGAACUGUGAAGUUUACGCCGAGAAGCCGCAGAAGGAUAUUUAUAGUUUUGUGGGUACAGUGAAGAUAACCGCCGACGACAAAAUCCACGAAGGAUCCUUGGAUGUUGAGAACGUCCUGUGGGCGAAUACGGUAGUUUCGUCUGGUACUGCUAUUGGGGUUGUGGUUUACACCGGGUGUGAGACCAGAUCUGUUAUGAAUACUACGGUACCUGAAUACAAAGUUGGACUUCUUGAUUUGGAAAUCAACAAUCUCACAAAGCUGUUGUUCUGUUUUGUACUUCUCCUAGCGUCGGUGAUGGUUUUAAUGAAAGGCCCAACCUCACUUUGGUAUCUGUACCUUGCUCGCUUCAUACUCCUAUUCUCCUAUAUCAUUCCAAUAUCCCUCCGCACCAAUGUCGAUAUGGCUAAGCUCUUCUACUCGUGGCAAAUUGGCCAUGACCAUCAUAUUCCUGAAACAGUAGUUAGGUCAUCAACAAUUCCUGAGGAGUUGGGAAGAAUCUCAUUUUUGCUGUCGGACAAGACAGGGACAUUGACGAAAAAUGAGAUGCAUUUCAAAAAGAUUCACCUGGGAACUGUUGCGUUCAGUGGUGAUGCGUUGGAGGAAGUCGAGCAACAUGUUAAAAGUGCAUAUGACAGUGCGCUUGUGAAACACCCAUUCUCUGCGAAACUGAAAAACGCUGUCGAAUCACUUGCCCUCUGUCACAACGUCACACCUGUUCUGGAAAACGGAGAGCUAUCCUACCAAGCCGCAAGUCCUGAUGAAGUUGCACUCGUGAAAUGGACAGAAACCGUCGGUGUAAAACUUGCUCACCGAGAUCUUCAUACAAUGACUCUAGACGUCCAACCUUCAAAUGGCACGACAGUUCCAAUACAGUUUCAAAUUCUACACGUAUUUCCUUUUACAUCUGAGCGAAAACGAAUGGGAAUAAUAGUCAAAGAAGAGACAUCCGGUGAAGUAACUCUCUACAUUAAAGGAGCCGAUACUGUGAUGAGUGACAUGGUGCAAUACAACGAUUGGCUCGACGAAGAGUGCACGAAUAUGGCGAGAGAGGGUCUCCGAACUCUAGUUUUCGCUAAGAAAAUCUUAUCUCGCGCUGAGUUGGAGGCGUUUGAUCAGGCCUACCAUGCGGCUAAAAUGUCGAUAACUAAUCGCACACAGAACAUGGCAAAUGUGGUGAAGAAUAUGUUGGAGAGAGAUUUACAGCUGAUUUGCUUGACAGGAGUGGAAGAUCGGCUGCAAGAUCAGGUUACAACCUCUCUCGAACUUUUGCGAAAUGCCGGGAUCAAAAUCUGGAUGCUCACCGGAGACAAGCUAGAGACCGCAAUUUGCAUUGCAAAAUCUAGUGGACUUUUCUCGAAAUCCGAUCAUAUCCACGUGUUUGGAAGUGUACAAACCAGAACAGAUGCUUACAAUGAGUUGGAUAACCUGCGAAACAAGACAAAUAUAGCGCUGGUGAUGCCUGGAUCCUCUCUCAACAUAUGCCUUCAAUAUUAUGAAGAAGAAGUCGCCGAACUCGUUUGCGCGAGCACAGCCGUGGUGUGCUGCCGAUGCUCCCCAGAGCAAAAGGCACAAAUUGUGCAGCUGCUCCGAAAAUAUCGAGCUCCAUUGAGAGUCGCUGCCAUAGGUGAUGGAGGAAACGAUGUGUCGAUGAUACAAGCGGCUCAUGCUGGAAUCGGUAUUGACGCGAAUGAAGGAAAACAGGCUUCACUUGCCGCAGAUUUUUCGAUCACACAGUUUUCGCAUAUUUGCCGAUUGUUGUUGGUGCAUGGAAGGUUCAGCUACAAGCGGUCAUGCACAUUGGCUCAGUUUAUAAUGCAUCGCGGUCUCCUCAUCUCAAUAGUACAAGCCAUAUUCUCCUGUGUAUUCUACUUCGUCGCCGUCUCCUUAUAUCAAGGUGUUUUGAUGGUCGCCUUCACAUCAUGCUAUACCCUUCUACCAGUGUUCUCCCUGAUUGCCGACCGUGACGUCACCGCCACAAAUGCGCUAACAUAUCCGGAGCUGUACAAGGAGUUGGUGAAAGGAAGAACGUUAUCUUACAAAACAUUUUUUAUUUGGGUUUUUAUAUCGAUUUAUCAAGGUGCGGUAAUAAUGUACGGUGCACUACUAAUUUUCGAUACAGACAUUCUGCAUAUUGUCUCAAUUUCUUUCUCAGCUCUAAUCGCAACUGAGCUUAUCAUGGUAGCCUUGACAGUGCAUACCUGGCACUGGUUGAUGCUAGUUGCUCAGGCUCUAUCGCUAGGACUCUACGUGGUGUCCUUGAUAACCUUAGAUCAGUUUUUCGAUCGGAAAUUUGUAUUUUCAUGGGUCUUCAUCACCAAAACCACAGCUAUCACUGUAGUUUCCUCUCUCCCAUUGUAUUUUAUCAAAACUUUACGGCGGAAGUUUUCACCGCCUAGCUUUGCCAAAGUCAAAUGAUAUAUCUACCGAGUGCUCGUCUAUUAGACAUAUAUUUUUUCCGGUUAAUUUCAGAAAGAAAUAAUCAUAUCAGAACAUGUUUCAUUUUUCCGUGAUUUUCUGUAAUACAGUUUGAAUAAUUAGUUUUCCGAUUUGAAUAAUAAAAAAUUGAUUUUCCAUUAAA